UUUUUUAAACAUCGAAAGGUAACACCCUUGUUGUAGCUGCCGUUCUUUCAAACAAAUCACUUCAAACCCCUACCAAUUAUUUGUUAUUAAGUCUUGCCUGUGCUGAUUUAAUGGUUGGCACAAUGGUUAUGCCUUUCCAUAUUUAUAUGACUGUUAAUUCACUUCAUUGGCAUUUAUCUAUAACUAUUUGUUAUAUGUAUUGUGUACUUGAUGUUCUUGCCUCAACUUCUUCGAUAAUUCAUUUAUUGUUAAUUAGUAUGGAUAGGUUAUUAAAUUUUCUUUUAAAUGAUAAAUUGGAUAAACCCACCUCUGGGUUGCCAAUUUUAUCUUAUACUGUGCUAGUGGCUGCCACAAAACCUGCUGAAUAUAAAACACAUAAACACAGAAGAAGAGUAUAUAUUUCAAUUCUCUUCUGUUGGGUAUUCAGCAUUUUACUCUCUUUACCCCUCGUUUUUGGCUCAAAUGCAGAAACUCGUUUAUUUCUAAUAGAAAAACAUCAUUGUGGAAUUUAUAAUCCUACUUAUAUGUUUGGUUCUUCUAUUUUUGCCUUCUUUCUUCCUCUAAUUUUUAUGUCUAUUAUUUAUGGAUAUAUUUUCUACACUUUACGUCGUCGUCUUCGAGCCAUUCAACUUCAAGAAAUGGCCGGCGGCCAAUUUCUAGGUUUUGGAGCUGAUAUUGGCAAUAUAGCUACAUCAGCUAUAGAGACAGUCAGAGGGGUAGAACAAAAACAUCGAAAUAUGUUAACCUGGGAAAAGCCUUUACUUAAAAAAAUUGAAGAAACUGCUGCUGAACAUGCAUCCUCUUUAAAUGAAAGUGAAAGAGAGCAACUUCAACAUAUCCUCCAAGCAACAAGUUCAGGCUCUGGCCAAAAUUCAAGUAAUAACAGUAACAACACAAAAGAAGACCGACCAAAAAUAUUAUUUCGUUCAUCAAUCGAAACUUCAAUUGAUUGUGAUGAUCUGAGCAGUAUUAAUUCAAUAAAUAGUAGACCACCUUCUAUUUUAUUGGAUGCAAUAACUGUUCCGCCUAAUGAAACUGAGACUUAUCAAAAAACUAAAUUGAAUAUUUGUGAAUCCCGCUUUCUAACAACAAAUAAUUUACUUGGAGUCCCACAACAAUUUACAGCCACAAAAAGAAGAAGACAUUCAGAGGUCGUCUUAAACGGAUCCCAAAUAAAUACAAAUAUUGGGAAGGAAAAUAAAAAUGGGAAUACCUUAAAUUCUUCGCAUGCUUUAAAGCUUAAAAUGCAACGUAGAAGGCAUUCGUAUCAACCACCCGGUCAAAAAAAUAAAAUUUCUGGAAGGAAUUCUCUACUAUUUCCAGAAGAUAAGGAUAACAGAAGAAGAAUGAGACGACUUUCUGAAUUAAUCUCUGGAUGGGAUAGGCCAACACAUCCCUCUAUAGGUCAAAUGAUUCAAUUUGCAAGAAGAGAUUCUGUUUAUAUGGCCAGAAAAAAAUUGGCAGGAUUGAAGGAUUGGGCACUGGAUUUAAUCGCAAAAUUGAGAUCAAAGCAAGGAUUAGCCAUUAGACGGGAAACUCGUGCAACUAAACUGGUAGCUACUGUAAUGGGUGUAUUUUUAAUUUGUUGGGCUCCAUAUUUUUCAAUGAAUAUAUACAAAAUAUAUAAACUUUAUACUGAUCAGUGGAUGCAUGAUACAGAAUAUAUAUUUCACUGGCUUAGUGCACUUGGCUAUUUAAAUUCUUCUUUGAAUUUUUUUAUUUAUUCUGCAAUAAAUAAAGUAUGA